AAAACAUAUACACUUCAAUGAACUUUUUCAUUCGGGUACAAUUUGAGUUUCCUAUUGAUAUACCUCGUAUCAAACCUCGAAACGGAGAUUGUCUACAUCGUGAUCUUAAAUGAGGUCUGCAAGUGGCGUGAACAUAUCGACAACUCAAAGCUAGACAUUCACCAUGUCAGCGGAAGAUACACCAUUACUGUAUGUACAGCUAUCUGCCUACACUUCUUCUCCCCAUCUUGACUUCCAGUGCCAUUCAUUCCCAAAUCACCAAAACACACUAAUCUUCCUCACACAGCUCUGAUGACCCUCCUCUUUCAUCCUCCCUCCCAGAACCCCUCGAAUCCAGCAAACAAAAUGAAGAAUCCUCACAUCUGGAGAAUUAUCCCGGGAACGGAGCUUUCAUCAAAAGACUAGUCAGGAAAAUAGAUUUGAGACUUAUGCCUCUGAUGUUUAUAACGUUUAAUUUUAAUUAUAUCGACAAGUCGAUUUUGAGUAGUGCGGCUGUUUUUGGAUUGGUGGAGGAUACGGUGUGUAUAAUUUUCAUAUCCUCCGGUAUUCUAUAUAUUCCUUCUCAAUUCGACAAUGGGUGAUUAUUGAGUUGUCAAAUCUGUUUGAUGCAAUCAAUCUAGCUGGCGUUCGACAAUUGUCAAGAGGUAUCCAAAAUGUGUCAAACUUCAGGACCUUCCCAAUUCGAACUGCAGUCCAGAAAUCAGAAUCCCUAUAGUCCCCCAAAAUAUGACUAAUAUCUACAUAGCAUCUCGUCAAAAACCAAUUCAGCGCUAUCUCAAGUGUAUUCUAUUUCGGAUAUCUAUUUUGGGAAUACCCUGGCGUCUACCUCAUUCAAACACUUCCUGUGGCAAAAUACAUCGCAGCUGAUAUCGUACUAUGGGGCAUCAUUGUAGCCAGUACGGCGGCUUGUACAUCUUUUGAGGGACUAAUGAUUGCGAGAUUUUUCACAGGCGCCGUGGAAGCAAGUAUUAGUCCGGCCUUUUUGUAUGUUACGAGUAUGUGGUAUACUAGGGAUGAAAUGCCUAGUCGUAUGGGGUUGUGGUGAGUGAUAUUAUUUGGAUGAAGGACCGAUCAGGAUACCAGAACUGAUAUGAUGUAGGUAUGCAGGGAAUUCAUUCGGAGGCGCGGUUGCCAAUCUGCUUUCUUUUACGAUUGGACAGAUUCAUUCUUCGUUGAAACCUUGGAGAUGGUUGUAUAUUGUGAGUAUUCCACAAAGGGAUUGAUGAUAAAAAUUGACAAAUCGUAAGAUAUUUGGAUCCGCGACAGCGAUAUGGGGCUUCGUUGUUCUUAUUUUUCUUCCGGAUACUAUAUCUAGUGCGAAAUUCCUGUCCCCUGAAGAGAGAGAAUAUGCGGAAAAGAGAGUUUUAAAGGCUGGAACUGGCGUCACUAUGUCCAUCAAAAAUGAAUGGAAAGCCGAACAAGUUAUCGAAUGCCUACUUGAUCCAAAAACGUGGUUUUGUUUCUUCAUCUCUUUAUUUACCAUGGUUUGUCACCUAUUCCCGCCAUAAUCCAAAGAAAAACAACUAAGAAGAUCCAGAUUCCCAAUGGCGGAACAACAAGUUACGCAAACAUCCUAAUAACAAGCUUCGGUUUCACCAGUCUCCAAUCAACCCUCAUCUCUCUCCCUUCCUCUCUAAUCUCCUUCCUAACCAUCCUAUCAACCGGUCAUCUAGCCUCCUCUUAUCGUAACACCACCACCCUCCUCCUCCCCAUAUUCCUUCUUCCCCCUAUCAUAGGCACCUCCCUCAUGAACUGGGCACCCCUCAGUUCCCUCAAACUAACAGGUUUCUACCUAAUCGGAUUUUCCCACGGAACAAUCCCCUUAACAAUGAGUCUCAUAGGAGCAAACACAAAAGGCACAACGAAGAAAAUGACAGUUAGUGCCGCCAUGUUUGUAGCCUACUGUGUGGGAAAUAUGUUUGGACCGCAGAUUUUUAGAAAGAAUGAGAAGACUGGAUAUAGCAUGGGCUUUGCAAUUAUCUUGACGUGUUAUUGUGUGGCGGUUGGGAUGGGCGUGGUGUUGAGAAUUUAUUUGAAGAGGGUUAAUAGGAGGAGAGAGAUGGAGGAGGGGGUUGUAGGAAACAGAUGUGGGAAUAGUGAUGUGGUAGAUGGGGUUAUCGAAGGGGAUUUUACAGAUUUUGAGACGAGGGGUUUUAGAUAUAGAUUGUAGUGUUGGACCCUGUGAAUUGUGUCCUUUAAAAUUUCAUCAAUACCCUAGAUAAGUCGCUGGUUAAUGAGAUGAAUCGAGACUGUCGAGAAAU